CGUCAUGCAGAGAUCCAGAGCCAGACCCCCCCUCGCCCCCCCCUUUCCGCCUAAUGUCAAAACGCCGAAACGCCGACUAAGAUGACGUUCACCAGGGUCGCCGGAUUUGAUAAGCAUGGAAUUUACACGCAGCCAACCGAAACAACUCUGAUGCUUGUUGCUGAUUUGAACGGCCACGAUGACGACCGAGUUGCAUCCUUCCUGCGCGGCAGUGAGAGCGAGGACAUUGACCUGUACACCAUGCGCGGUGUCAAGCUUACAAGCGGUGAUCGACAGAAAUUGGACGCUGUUCAAACGUGUGAGAAGGGUAGCAUUAUUUACCGUGUUCAGCAGAUCCUUGAUACAGAGAUUGACGAUUUCGCUUGGUUAUUCCAUGAAUCGAAACCAGGCAACCACAACUUCGAGCUGUAGUUUUCGUUGCGACGCGAAGGGAGACAUCUUGCAGUAGCCGCCUGGAAAAAAGGAGGCCCCGAGGGAACUUCCGGGAGGCCCUGAAAAGGCACAACUGCGUGAUUCGACCAGCUGGCGCCAUUCCGCCGACCCCGCGCC